UGGGGGGGAAGGAGAGAGGAACUAGGAGAGGGCUGCCCCACACGCCUUGAUUUUUUUUGGUUUUUUUUUAAGAGCAUCCUCUCCAAAUAUUGUUGGUCCCUCUGUGGAGAAAGGGACCCUCCUUGCAAGGAGACCCGGCGACGGAUUUGGAAAGGAAAGGGAGGAGGGGAAUGCAGUUAGAUCCGGGGGGUGGCCUUGUGAGGGGCUGCAAGUAGGUUUUGCUCGGCCCCCCCUUUUUGGUGUUUUGUUUGUUUGUUUGUUUUUUUUUUAAGAAAAAGCGACCCUCCAGGGUGUGUGCGCGUACGCGUUUUCUUCCCCUCUCUUUCGCAGCCCCAAACCGCAUCGCUCGUUUGUAGGUGCGUGGUUGUUGAAAAAGUCUGAACGGCGCUUGAGGGGGCGAAACCCGCAGCCCGAAAAACAAAACGCCAAACCCGGGGAAAACUUUAAAUGAGAGCACACACAAAGGAGAAGGGGGGGUGGGGACCCACGGAAAGCAAACCAGGCGCUUGGAGAGGGGCUUUAGAUUGUGUGUGUCGGUUUGCAGCAGGUUGUGUGUGUUAAUUGCAACUGAUUGGAGGCGGGUAGGUUGGCAGAGGCAGGGGUGAGGUCUCCGGGUGCCCAAAGUGGCUGUUUCCAAAGGACUUGGGGAAGUUGCCGCAUUGCAACAGGCAAAGAAGUGAGAAAUCAAAUAAUCGAUCCGGCUGCUGUUGCCGCCGCCGCCGCUUCGCCUCUUUAGAGCCGCCAGCAAAGUUUCAAGUGGCAGAAUAGGAGGAGGGGGGCCAAGAAGAGAGGAAAAGGAAGAAGAGGAGGAGGAGGGAAGAGACGAGGAAGAGGAGGGGAGAGGAGGAAGGAGCCAAGGGGGAGAGGAGGAAAGGGCGACCCAGAAAAGAAAAGAAAGGGAAACCUAGAGGUGGAAAUGUCCAGAAGGAAGCAAGCCAAGCCGCGCUCGGUGAAAGUUGAAGAGGGUGAGUCGUCAGAUUUUACUUUGAACUGGGACUCAUCUGUGACCCAAUCAGGAGGCCUGGGAGGAGAUCUGGAGAAUGAUACAAGGGAGAGCCGGGCUUUGGAAGAGAGGAACAGCAUUACAAGCCAGGAAGAGCGAAAUGAGGAAGAUGAAGACCUGGAAGAUGAAUCAAUUUACACCUGCGAUAACUGUCAGCAGGACUUUGAUUCGCUGGCAGACCUGACCGAACACAGGGCACACAACUGUCCUGGAGAUGGCGAUGACGACCCACAACUCUCCUGGGUGGCUUCAUCUCCCUCCAGCAAAGACGUUGCAUCACCCACUCAGAUGAUAGGAGAUGGGUGUGAUCUCGGCAUCGGGGAGGAGGAAGGGGGGACCGGCCUGCCGUAUCCCUGUCAGUUUUGCGAUAAGUCCUUCAUUCGCCUGAGCUACCUUAAGAGGCACGAGCAGAUCCACAGUGACAAACUACCUUUCAAAUGCACCUACUGCAGCCGGCUUUUCAAGCACAAGAGGAGUCGAGAUCGGCACAUCAAGCUGCACACAGGGGACAAGAAGUACCAUUGCCACGAAUGCGAGGCGGCCUUCUCGCGCAGUGACCACCUCAAGAUCCACUUGAAGACGCACAGCUCCAGCAAGCCAUUCAAGUGCACCGUCUGCAAGCGCGGCUUCUCCUCCACCAGCUCCUUGCAGAGCCACAUGCAGGCCCACAAAAAGAACAAGGAGCACAUGGCCAAGAGCGAGAAGGAGAUGAAGAAGGACGACUUCAUGUGUGACUACUGUGAGGAGACGUUCAGCCAGACGGAAGACCUGGAGAAGCACGUCAUGACGCGCCAUCCGCAGCUGUCGGAGAAGGCAGACUUGCAGUGUAUUCAUUGCCCAGAAGUAUUUGCCGAUGAAAACUCGUUGCUUUCCCAUAUCCACCAAGCCCAUGCCAACAAAAAACACAAGUGCCCAAUGUGUCCCGAGCAGUUUUCUUCAGUGGAGGAAGUCUAUUGCCACUUGGAUAGCCAUAGGCAGCCUGAUUCUAGCAACCACAGCAUCAGCCCUGACCCUGUCUUGGGCAGUGUGGCCUCCAUGAGCAGUGCAACGCCAGAUUCCAGUGCGUCAGUGGAGCGAGGCUCCACUCCGGACUCUACUUUGAAACCAUUGAGAGGGCAAAAGAAAAUCCGAUCCCUGGAAAGGGAAGAGGGCCAGACCUGGUCCAAGGUCUCCUAUAGCUGCCCUUACUGUACCAAGCGUGACUUCAACAGUCUUGCUGUCUUGGAAAUCCACCUGAAGACCAUCCAUGCAGACAAACCUCAGCAAAGCCACACGUGCCAGAUUUGCCUUGAAUCCAUGCCCACAUUGUACAACUUGAAUGAACAUGUGAGGAAGGUGCAUAAAAACCAUGCGUAUCCCAUGAUGCAGUUCAGCAACAUUUCAGCCUUCCACUGUAACUAUUGCCCGGAGAUGUUUGCAGAUAUCAACAGCCUGCAGGAACACAUCCGUAUUGCACACUGUGGGCCUGGAGCCACAGCACAAGAUGGCAACAAUGCCUUCUUCUGCAACCAGUGCUCCAUGGGGUUUCUGACUGAAGCUUCUCUGACAGAGCAUAUCCAGCAAACUCACUGCAACAUUGGGAACUCAAAAUUGGACUCGCCUGUUGUCCAGCCAUCGCAGUCAUUUAUGGAGGUUUAUUCCUGUCCGUAUUGCACGAACUCGCCCAUUUUUGGCUCCAUCCUCAAGCUAACCAAACAUAUAAAAGAAAACCACAAGAACAUUCCACUGGCGCACAACAAGAAGUCAAAAGGAGAGCAGAGCCCAGUUUCUUCUGAUGUGGAAGUUUCUUCUCCCAAAAGGCAGCGGCUCUCGGCUAGCGUCAACUCUGUUUCGAACGGCGAAUACCCAUGCAAUCAGUGCGAGCUGAAGUUUUCCAACUUUGAAAGCUUCCAAACUCACUUGAAGUUGCAUUUGGAGUUGCUUUUACGGAAGCAGUCAUGCCCUCAGUGCAAAGAGGACUUUGAUUCCCAGGAAUCUCUCCUGCAGCACCUCACUGUCCAUUACAUGACUACUUCAACUCAUUAUGUGUGUGAGAGCUGUGACAAGCAGUUUUCAUCGGUGGAUGAUUUGCAGAAGCAUUUGCUAGACAUGCAUACUUUCGUGUUGUAUCACUGCACCCUUUGCCAAGAGGUUUUCGACUCCAAGGUAUCUAUCCAAGUGCAUCUGGCAGUGAAGCACAGCAAUGAGAAAAAGAUGUAUCGGUGCACAGCCUGCAAUUGGGAUUUUCGGAAGGAGGUGGACCUUCAGAUCCACGUGAAGCAUAGCCAUUUGGGCAACCCCGCAAAGUCCCACAAGUGCAUCUUCUGUGGAGAGACAUUUAGCACCGAGGUGGAGCUGCAGUGCCACAUCACAACCCACAGCAAAAAAUAUAACUGCAAGUUCUGCAGCAAAGCUUUCCAUGCCAUCAUCUUGCUUGAAAAACACUUGCGGGAGAAACAUUGUGUCUUUGAUGCCGGUACUGAGAACGGCACAGCUAAUGGCAUGACGCCGGCCAGUAAGAAGGCAGAAUCUGCAGAUAUCCAGAACAUGUUGAUGAAGAAUCCAGAUACUUCCAACAGUCAUGAAGCUAGUGAGGAUGAUGUAGAUGCUUCGGAACCCAUGUAUGGCUGUGAUAUCUGUGGGGCUGCGUAUACGAUGGAGGUCCUUCUGCAAAACCAUCGUUUGCGAGACCAUAAUAUCCGACCAGGGGAGGAUGACUGUUCCAGGAAGAAAGCUGAGUUCAUCAAAGGGAGUCACAAGUGUAACAUCUGCUCAAGGACCUUUUUCUCAGAGAACGGCCUCCGGGAGCACAUGCAGACUCACCGAGGUCCAGCAAAGCAUUACAUGUGUCCCAUUUGUGGGGAACGUUUUCCAUCCCUUCUGACCCUGACGGAGCACAAAGUGACUCACAGUAAGAGUUUGGAUACAGGAACGUGCCGGAUCUGCAAAAUGCCACUGCAGAGUGAAGAGGAAUUCAUUGAGCAUUGCCAGAUGCACCCCGAUCUUAGGAAUUCCCUCACUGGAUUUCGCUGUGUUGUCUGCAUGCAGACAGUCACCUCGACUUUGGAGCUGAAAAUCCACGGAACAUUCCAUAUGCAGAAAUUGGUAGGGAGCUCUGCAACAUCGUCUCCCAAUGGCCAGGCCUUGCAGAAACUCUACAAAUGUGCUCUGUGCUUGAAAGACUUCAGGAACAAGCAAGACUUGGUGAAGCUGGAUGUUAAUGGCCUGCCGUACGGCCUGUGUGCUGGAUGCAUGACCAGAAGCACCAAUGGACAGUCCUUGGGUAUGACCACACCAGAAGUUAGUGAAAGACCUUGUGGUAGCUUGAGGUGUCCAGAAUGUAGUGUGAAAUUUGAAAGUGCUGAAGAUCUAGAGAACCAUCUCCAGCUGGAUCACCGAGACCUGACCCCUGAGACGAGUGGCCAAAAGAAGGGUACCCAGACGUCCCCAGUUCCCAGAAAAAAGACCUAUCAAUGCAUCAAGUGCCAGAUGACUUUUGAGAAUGAGAGAGAGAUACAGAUCCAUGUCGCAAAUCAUAUGAUUGGUGCAGCCCAAGCCCCAGUCCCAGCCCCAAAUGCUGAGGUCUUGCAUUCUUUUCCAGCCCCUGGAUUACUGGAGAGGAGGAUUAUGAAAAAUGCUAUAACAGAGGAAGGCAUCAAUCAUGAGUGCAAGCUGUGUAACCAGAUGUUUGACUCUCCGGCAAAGCUUCUGUGUCACCUGAUUGAGCACAGCUUCGAGGGAAUGGGAGGAACAUUCAAAUGCCCUGUUUGUUUUACAGUUUUUGUACAGGCAAAUAAAUUGCAGCAACAUAUCUUUGCUGUCCAUGGGCAAGAGGACAAAAUUUACGAUUGUUCCCAGUGCCCACAGAAGUUCUUCUUUCAAACGGAACUUCAGAACCACACGUUGAGCCAGCACGCUCAGUGAGCCCCUGGCACUACAGGACACCUCUCUGCAGAAGACUUGACGGAAGCUCAGUGGGGAAGACCAUUUGAACAUUACAUCCAAUCAAAGUGUCAUUUGCAACCCAGAUGUAAAACUCUAAUGAUUUGGCCAUGAGGCGCUGCUAUUAUAAGCAGCUGGAAAUGAAUAUUAAUGGAAGAGAUUAAAAGUAUUCCAUGCGCAGUAUUUUUUAUUGUCCUUCUUGAGCUUAGUGUACUUUAAAGCUUCUGCUUCUGACUGAAUUUAUAGUUGCUAGAUAGGAAUCUGCUUUGAUGCUCUUGCCCUUUGUUGCUUCUUGUAUUAUACUGAUAGUUCAAGAUUUAGGAGUGAUUUUCUCUCUCUCUCUCUCUCUCUCUCUUUUUCCUUUCCCCCCCUUCCCUGUUUAACUGCUUUUUAAUUGCAAUUUUAGGUAAUUGUGCGUUGUGAUGUGAUGGCUUGGCUAUUGUCUGAAUUUUUUUUUACACUUUUUGAGGGUUUUUUUAAACAAUUAAAGACUAAUGCUUUGAUUGGAUUUGCCAGUUCACCAGACAGUGAUUAAAAAAAAAACCUACGUAAUGAAUAUCAUCAGUUUCAGUGCAACUGGAUGGUCUGCUUUAUAAAUGUGACUUAAUCUGAUUGCAUUAACUAAUACAGUUCAAUAAAAGGAAUACAUUGGA